AUGUGUGUCAGUGAGUUUGUGUAUGUGUGUGUUUGUGACUCAGUGUGUGGGUCUCUGUGUGUGUCUGUGGCUCAGUGUGGUAGCAAAGGAUCAUUUCAGUGGCUUGACACAACACAGUUUGUACUAGACAGAGAUUUUUCAGAUCAUUGCCCUAUCCUUCUAAGAUCCAAAAGUGUUGAUUGGGGUCCUAAGCCUUUCAAGGUCAUGGAUUGGUGGCUGCAGGACAAGGGAUUUCAGGAAAUGGUGACCCUUAAAUGGAGCAAUUUCCACCCUAGUGGAUGGGGAGGAUAUGCCCUCAAGCAAAAACUGAAGUUCAUUAAAGCUUGCAUUCGACAGUGGAGCUCAUCCAAUGGAGUUAUUAAUGCUAAGAAAAUUCAGGUUUUAAAGAAGGAGCUGAAUGCUUUGGAGGCUGGUAUCUUUGACAGAAUUCUGAAUCAAUCUGAAGUGGAGCUCAAGAAGUCUCUUCAGGAGCAAUUGUGGCAUGCUACUAAUGCCUAUGAAUGUAUGCUGAGGCAAAAGGCUAGAGUGAAAUGGUUAAAGGAAGGGGACAGAAAUUCAGCUUACUUCCACAAGCUGAUAAAUCAUAGAAGAAGACAUAAUGCUAUUCAAGGAUUGAUCAUUGAUGGGGAAUGGGUUCAGGAACCUAGUAGAGUCAAAACUGAGGCCUUCAAUCAUUUCAAAGAUAGAUUUUCUGAGCAGAAUUUUAAUAGACCAACCCUGGAUGGUGUGCAGCUACCUUCCCUUGGUCAAAGUGAGAAUGAAGCCCUUGUGGCCAGAUUUUCUGAUGCUGAUACAGUUUGUUUACCAAAAGCCAGAGGUGGAUUGGGUAUUAAAGAUUUGAACAAGUUUAAUGAAGCCUUGCUAGGCAGCUGGCAAAUAAUCCUCAUCAGCUUUGGGCAAGAACUCUAG